AUAGCUUAAUUAUCAUAUCAUAUUGUCCAAAGCUCCUCUUCCUUCAAUUAUGAUAAGAUCAACAGGGAGUGACAUUUAUUGUUACGAUGUUUUUCUCAGCUCCAAAAGUUUAGACUCUAAUUUCAAUUUCACACAUAAUCUUUUUGCUUCCCUCCAAAAAAAAGGCCUUGUUACAUUCAAGGAUGACACUUAUAAGCUCAACAAAGGUGAAACCAUUGCACCAAAACUCCUUCGUGCAAUUGAAGCCUCUCGAAUUUUUAUUGUCAUCUUUACAAAGGACUAUGCUUCCUCAACAUGGUGCUUACGAGAAUUGGAAUAUAUCCUUCAAUGUGUUCAAGUAUCCGAAAGACGUGUUUUGCCUGUUUUCUAUGACAUCCAUCCUUCGGAGGUGCGAAGGCAAAGUGGAAGUUAUAAAAAAGCUUUUUGUGAACAUGAAGAAAGAUUCAAACACGAUCCUGAGAUGGUUCGGCGGUGGAGGGAUGCUCUCACACAAGUCUCCCAUAUUUCUGGUUGGGAUGUGCGUGAUAAGUCACAAUAUGCGGAGAUUGAAAAGAUUGUUGAUGCGAUAUUAUAUAUAUUGGAUCACAAAUUUUCAAGUGUUUCAAAAGAUUUAGUUGGGGUGGAUUCUCCUAUAGAAGAAUUGGAAAAGCUUUUACAUUUGGACUCGGUUGAUGAUGUUCGGGUUGUAGGAAUUUGUGGGAUGGGUGGCAUAGGGAAGACAACUAUUGCUACUCUUUUAUAUGAUCGAAUCUCUCAUCAAUUUGAUACAUGUUGUUUUAUUGAAAAUUUUAACAAACUUUAUAAGCACCAAGGUCCUAUCGGUGCACAUAAGCAAAUUCUACGUCAGACUCUCAGCGAAAAACACCUUCAGGUAUGCAAUCUUCAUGAUGCAGCUGAUUUGAUAUUGAGCAGACUACAUCGAGCAAGGGCCCUAAUAAUUCUUGAUAGUGUGGAUCAAAUUGACCAAUUGUAUAAAACAACUGUGAAUCGCGAAUGGUUAGGUCCAGGGAGUAGAAUCAUUAUAAUAUCUAGACACGAACAUGUCUUGAAGCUUUAUGGUGUGGAUGUGGUUUACAAAGUUCCGCUCUUGAACCAAACUAACUCUCUUCGAUUAUUUUGUCAAAUACUUUCGAAACAUGAUCAUAUUAUAAGUAGUCCUAAGCAACUGGCGCAUGGCAUACUAACUUAUGCUGAUGGUCUACCGCCGCUUGUAAUUAAAGUAUUGGGUUCAUUUUUGUUUGGAAGAUAUAUCUUUGAAUGGAGAAGAGAACUGGCUAGGUUUAGAGAAAGUCCAAACUAUAUCAUGGAUGUGUUGCUGUUAAGUUUGGAUGUGCUGGAUAAAAUGGAAAAACAAAUAUUUCUUGAUAUUGCUUGUUUUUUCAACGGCCGUGGAGAGGAUUAUGUCAAAAAUAUUCUAAAUUCUUGUGGAUUUUAUGCCGAUACUCAAUUAAUUGUUCUCAUCGAUAAAUCAGUCAUAAGCAUUUCCGAUGAAUGUAAGAUUGAAAUGCAUGCUUUGUUGGAAGAGCUAGGAAGAAAAAUUGUUCGCGAAGAUUCAAGCAAAAAGUGUAGCAGAUUGUGGUUGCACAAACAAUUCAACAAUGUUAUUUUGGAGAAUAUGGAAAACAAUGUUGAAGCUAUAGUUUUGCAUGGAAAUGAAAGAGAUGCAGAAACAUUGAUGGCCGACGCAUUGUCUAAAAUGAGUCGUCUUAGAUUGCUCAUACUCAAGGAUGUUAAAUUCUCAGGAAGCCUUGACAACCUUUCUAAUGAAUUAAGAUAUGUUUCAUGGGACAGAUAUCCUUUCAAGGAUUUGCCAUCAAGUUUUCAGCCUCAUGAACUUGUUGAAUUGAUCUUGGUAGAUAGCAACAUCAAACAACUAUGGGAAGGCAAUAAGAAUCUACCCAAUUUGAAGACAUUGGAUCUAAGUUACUCUGAAAAUCUAACCAAGAUGCCAUAUUUUGGAGAGUUCCCAAAUCUUGAACACCUAAAUUUUGAAGGAUGUAUAAAACUUGUGCAAAUAGAUCCAUCUAUCGUUCUUCUAAGAAAACUUGCUUUCUUAAAUUUGAAGAAUUGCAAAAGUCUUACUAUAUGCAUACCCGAUGAAAUAUUCGGUCUCCCCUUACUUAAAUAUUUAAAUCUUGCCGGUUGUUCCAAAGCGUUUAAAAAUCCCAUCGCGCGUGAAGGUUUUGCUAGUUGUUUUUUGCCUUCGCCUUCCUUGCCUAGUUUCUCUUGUUUGAGUGAACUUGAUAUUAGUUUUUGCAGUCUAAGCCAAAUCCCCGAUUCUCUUGGAUGUCUACCUAGCUUAGAAAGAUUAAAUUUAAGGGGAAAUAAUUUCGUCACCUUGCCUAGCCUUCGCGAUCUUUCCAAACUUGAAUAUUUAAAUUUGGAGCAUUGCAAGAAUUUGAAAUCUUUGAAUGGUCUCCCUUCACCCAUUUCUUUUAAGCCGGAUAAAUAUAAGCGAGCAGGGAUGUAUAUUUUCAACUGUCCAGAAUUGGGUAAAAGGGAACACUGCAUUAGUAUGACUUUUUCAUGGAUGAUGCAAUUCAUUCUAGCAAACCUAGAUUCCUCCGACUCCUUUCAUCAAAUUGAUAUUGUUAUUCCCGGAAGUGAAAUUCCAAGGUGGUUCAACAAUCGAAGAAUGGGUCGAUCAAUAAGCAUGGACCCAUCUCCGAUUGUAUAUGACAAUAAUAUCAUUGGCAUUGCUUGUUGUGUCGUAUUUUCUGUGGCACCUUUUGAUCCAACUACGACAAUAUACGAACGGGGACCUAUAAUACGGUUAGGUUUUAAAAGCAACAAUGCGAUCAAUAGCCAUUAUGUUGUCAUCCCAGUAACUCUCUAUAGAUAUCUUAUAAGGGUCAAGUCAAAUCACACGUGGAUAAUUUAUUUUCCGCGUGAAUCAUUCUUUAGUUUUUUGAGAUGUAUAGACAAUACACUUUGGGAUCUUGAUCAUAUCAAAAUGGAAGCUUCUUCUAUGAAUGGUCAAGGCUUACAUCUAGAAGUAAAGAAUUGUGGGUAUAGUUGGGUGUGCAAACAAGAUCUACAACCAUUUUUGAAUUAACUAUGUUGAAUUGUGGAAACUCAUAAGCUCUGAAUUGUAAGUUUUUGGUGAUUGAAUUGUAAUUAUGUAU